AUGGCCAACGUCACAACAACGACAGCCGCCAACAAUCUGACACUGGUCACAGAGGACAGUCCUUUCUCCAAAGUUUCACUGCAGAUGAAGGAGGCCUAUCCUUUCCAUGAUGGCUGGAACGUGGCCUGCUUUAUCAUCCUACUGCUGUUCAUCCUCACCGUUCUGUCUCUGGCAGCCUUGGCCAUGCUAUACGAGCUCUUGGACUGUGGCUGCUGCGUCAAAGAAAAAACGCAGAUACUACAAGAACAACUACAGGAGGUGGGGUCAGGAAACUGCAGCGAAGUAAUGACCAGCAUCUGCAAUGAAUCGGAAUCCAACACAGAGGUGGUAUAA